UCUGACAAAAUCGGUUUCAAAGAAUCUGCGUUUCCUUUCCCUCUCUUCCACUUCACGACUUCAGUCUCCCUCUUCACUCAGAUCAGACAGAACCUAGGGUUUCUCCCAAUCAGGCAGGUCCUCUUCGCUUCAAUCUUCCACACAUUCCGCAAUUUGAGAUCGUUUCGCUUUCGAUUAGCUUCGGUUCUGUAGAAUCGCGGUUUAACGAUGGAUCAGAAGAAAUGCGAGACGAGCGGAAUGGUAACGAGCUCGGAAGAAUCUGGGUUUGCGUUGCAGACGCCUAGGAAGACCGGCGAGCCUCUGCGAAGAAAGACUGAAGUCGCAGAGAACUUUAGGUACGAGACAAUUGUGGAGCUCUUUGAUAACAUGACCUGCUCGCUGAGGUUGCUUAAUCUGUGUAAGAAGUCUCCCACGUUUUGGAAUGUCAGUGCUCAGGUGGAAGUUCUUGCAAAAAGAAAAUUUCUAUGCAGCCAUCUUGCACAGAUUAAAUACAUACUUCCUGAAGCCAUACGGGUAGAGAAGCUCCUUAUAUACGAUAAGAAAACCUUAUGCAUGAGGCCAGAUAUGAAAAUCACAGUGCAACUUGAUGCCAUAGAGAUGCGCCAUGAACAAUCUGGCUUUGUGGAACUGCGGGAACUUUUCAUGUUGAGGCUUGUUGAUUAUUUUACUGAUCAUCCGGAGGCUUCUGUUGUUCCAGAGGCCAUUUUGCCUGGGCCGUUACACCAAGGCAAUCAGAUCAUCGACGUCCAAGAUACUCUUGGAGAUUCUGUGUUCCACCGUCAGUCAUCAGUUGCUGGUGGUGUAAUAUUGUCAGAGGCAUCUGGUUUACCUGAGUCUUUCAGCAGACACUUUUCUCAGAAGGUUGUUGUAUCAGAGAAUACUCAACUUUUAGCAUCACCAGUUACCUUUUCUUCUUCCUCAUGCACCAAUCCUACCAAUCAGGAAUUGCAAGGAAGACAAGAGGGACUCUUAAAUGGUGUAUGCCUUGAACCUAUAGGUGAGAUCAACCACAAUAUCAGUACGGAGGAAGAAGCUUCUUCCAGUUGUCGUAGAUCCACCUUCAUUGUUCCCUCAGUUGAAUCGCCUUAUCCUUGCUCAUCUGUUGACCCCAUCACCAAGAAAAGUCCUGCAGUCAGGUUUUCCUCAUCUUCUGAAAAUUUAACGAUUGACACACCGGCACAGAUGACACCAAAGAGAUCAAUAUCUGGUUGUGACAGCAAUAUUAAAUCAAUGACUAGCAAAGAAUGCCAGUCAUGUUGGAAGCCUGCAAAAAGGUCUUUGAACUUCUCUUCCCCGAAAGGUGAGAGAAGUUCCAUAGAUAGAUCAGAGACCUGCAAGCAUGUCCAUAAUUACAGCCCAUGCUCUCUGAAACUUGUGGAAGAAAAGAAUCUCUCAGGUUUUGCAGCGGUAUCAAAUCAGUCACAGGAGAAUGAGAGCGGUCAUCUUUCCAAGGACCAAAUUUCGACCAAAAGAAGUUUAAGAAUGUGCCAGGACCUUUCUUACUUGAAUGGAAUUGCUGCCACAGUAAAUUAUGUUUUCCAGUCGGUUGGCUGCUCUUCAAUCACAAGGGAAGAGCUCGUGCACAAGAUAAUAAUUAAUAACUUUGAAGUUCUCGAGAGAAAGGAGGUUGAAGAGCAGGUCGAGCUUCUUGAGAAAUUGUUUCCUGAUUGGUUCUGCCGCAGAUCAACACAUAGCGGAGAUAUUGUGUAUAGCAUUAAGGAAGGGACAAGGCUGGAGUCAAUUAUGGCAAGGCUCAUUAGUAGUUGACAACGUUGGGAAGCUACUGCAACUUACAGCAGGUAUUUCAUUUUGUUGCAAAUUAGACUAGGAGGAGAAAGUGCAUGAAAUGGUUCAGUUGACAUUGCUUGCAUCUUCAAUAUGUAGUCAAGGUUGUACUUUUUGACAGAUGCAACAGAUUCCCUGAUUACCACCUAAUUUUAAACAGAUGCAACAAAUUCCCUAACUACAUGUACUCGGUCCAUAAACGUUCUUGAUUCUUCUUCA